AUGUCAUACGGCUGUGGUACGCACACGUUAACAUCAGGAAAUCACAUAAGAAUACCUCCGAGGGUAGAAUACAUAAUGGCGGUAGGUGUUGACGCCGGCACGGUUAAGGAUAAUGAAGUAAUAACUAUUCAUCAGAGGGACCUGCAAGAGCAAGGGUUCUUGGGCAACGUAAUAAAUACAGUGAAAGACGGGCGCGUGCUAGUAAACGUCAUAAACAUAUCUGAUGAGGAAAAAAUGAUACGACCGGUGUCGCUAAGUAAAAUAAAAUAUAUGAAAUUUAUAGAGAGGAGUCAGUCAUGCAUAUAA